UCCUCCUCUUCAUCAUGAACUACAUCAACACCAUCGAACUCCCUCCAACACUUGCAUAGUUACAUACCUCACUACUCCCUCCCUCUCUCUCUCUGCCUUCUCUCUCUCUCCCCCAACUUUCCUUUCUCCAAAUAACUAAUUCUUCCCUUCGACCAACUCAAACCCAAAUCCUCAAACUUCUUUAUUACUACCUCCUCACCCAAAAUACACAUACUUCAACUCCAACAUCACAUUUAUUUUAUCCCCAUAUUGUUAUUAUUUUUAUUAUAAUAACAUAACAUUUUUUUUCAUAUAUGCUCGCCGGCGAUGCCGACGCCGGUAAGCACCGCGAGGCAAUGCCUGACGGACGAGGCGGCGCGUACCCUCGACGACGCCGUCUCCGUCGCCCGGCGCCGCAGCCACGCCCAAACCACCUCCCUUCACGCCGUCUCCGCCCUCCUCUCCCUCCCCUCCGCCUCACUCCGCGACGCCUGCUCCAGCUGCCGCAGCUGCUCCUACUCCCCCCGCCUCCAGUUUCGCGCCCUCGAACUCUCCGUCGGCGUCUCCCUCGACCGCCUCCCCACCACCAAAUCCGGCGGCGCCGAUGAGGGUCCUCCCGUCUCAAACUCCCUGAUGGCUGCCAUCAAGCGCUCCCAGGCCAACCAGCGUCGCCACCCGGACAGCUUCCACCUUAUGCAAAUGAUGCAGCAUCAAACUCAAACGACGUCGUUGCUCAAAGUCGAACUCAAACACUUCAUUCUCUCUAUCCUCGACGACCCUAUCGUGAGUCGCGUCUUCGCCGAAGCCGGUUUCCGAAGCUACGACAUCAAACUCGCCCUCCUCCACCCCCCUCCUCCCCCUCCCUCCAGAAUCUUCUCUCGCCUCACCCCACCGCUUUUCCUCUGCAACCUUGAACCUAUCCAAACCGGUUCAGUCCAACCCAUUUCGUGCCUCGACGAUAAUUGCCGCAGAAUCGUGGAAGUAAUCACCAGGAAGACCAAAAGGAACCCUCUUUUGAUGGGGGUGUACGCCAAAACCGCUCUCAGGAGCUUCGUUGAAGUUGUGAAGAAGAACGGUAAAGGUGGAGUCUUGCCUUGUGAGCUUAACGGUUUGAGCGUGGUUUCGGUGGAAAAAGAGAUUGGGGAGUUUCUGAGGGAAGGUGGGAGGGGUGAGAUGAUUUUUGAGCAUGUGGGUCAUUUGGUGGAGCAUGGUGGUGGUGGGGUUGUGGUGUGUUACGGGGAGAUUGAGGUUUUUGUUGGGGGGUAUAAGGAAGAAGGUAGUGUUGGGUUUGUGGUUUCGCAGUUGACGAGGUUGUUGGGGGUUCAUGGAGGAGGGAAGGUGUGGUUGUUGGGGGUGGCGGGAACCUCUGAGGACUAUUCUAAGUUCCUGAGGUUGUUUCCUACUGUGGACAAGGAUUGGGAUCUGCAUCUUCUGACCAUGACCUCUGCCACCCCUUCCAUUGAAAAACUCUACCCUAAGUCCAGCUUGAUGGGGUCCUUUGUGCCAUUUGGUGGGUUCUUUUCUACACCUUCUGAGUUCAAAAAUCCCGUAAGCUGUACGAAUGCAUCAUCAUCAUCUUUACUAACUCGAUGUGACACAUGCAAUGAAAGUUGUGAGCAAGAAGUUGCUGAUAUUUUGAAGGUAGGCCCUGCUGCUACUUCAACUUCUGUUUACUCCUCCACGAGCUUGCCUAGGUUACAAAAGGUUAAUGUGGACUCAGAUAGAGGAUUGGAUGUGGCAAAGACUAAUGAAGAAAAUACAAGUUUGAAUAUAAAGAUCUUCGGAUUGCAAAGGAGAUGGAGUGAUAUUUGUCAACGUCUUCAUCAAAACCGAUCAUUACCUGAAUUUGAUAUCACCAAAACAAGGUUCCAAGCUCCUUCCCAUGAGGGGUUUCAAUUUGGUCCAGGAAGUAGCAGCAGAGGUCCACUCCAUAGUGAAAUCCAAUAUUCUGAUCAUAUUUCCUACAUGUCUAAAGAGUCACAAAGUGCAUUUCCAUUUAAACAGAUAUUACCAGUUUCGGUACCUUUUGACACUGUUAGUAUCACUGAUGAAGCAGACCAAAUACCAAAAGUUUCAAAGACUGAUAUGCAUGGUACUUGGGUUUCUCCUUCCCCUAAGGCCAAUAUAAGCCUUCUUGAUCCCACAACAUUUUCAUCUGUGACUCCUGUGACCACAGAUUUGGGAUUGGGAACAAUUUACACAUCAGCUGCUCAUGAGCCAGACACACCAAAACUAAGUGAUCAUAAGAAGCCUCUCCAUCACUUGUCAGAUUCCCUUUCAACCGAUUUUGAUGCUAUGAAUGAGAAUACUUCACACCAAAUUGCAAGAUCUUCUUCCUGCUCUGGUCCAAAUCUAGAAGGGAGAUUUGAAACUGUAGAUUUCAAGUCACUUUACCAUCUUCUCACUGAAAAGGUUGGCUGGCAGGAUGAGGCCAUAUACGCUAUCAAUCGAACCGUGUCUCGUUGUAGAUCCGGUGCUGGAAAGCUUAGUAGUGAUUCACAUGUUAGAGCAGACAUAUGGCUUGCUUUUCUUGGACCAGAUAGGCUUGGAAAAAGAAAAAUUGCAUCAGCACUUGCUGAGAUUUUAUUUGGAAACAAACAAAGCCUAAUCACUGUGGAUUUGAGCUCCCAAGACCGGUGUUACCCAUCAUACUCUAUUUUUGAAUUCCAAAAUUCAUAUUGUCAUGAUGUGCUUAUGAGGAAGACAGUGUUGGACUAUAUUGCUGGGGAGUUGAGUAAAAAGCCGCACUCGGUCGUCUUUCUUGAAAAUGUGGAUCAAGCUGAUUUCCUGGUGCAGAAUAGUUUGUUCCAUGCAAUAAAAACAGGUAAAUUCCCAUACUCACACGGAAGGGAAAUCAGCAUCAACAAUGCAAUGUUUAUUGUAACCUCUAGUGUGUUUAAAAGUAGUGGCUCUUUUAACUUGGAGGAGGAUCCUAAAAUGUUUCCAGAGGCAAGAAUCCUAGAAGCUAAAAGAUGUCAAAUGCAAUUAUCACUUGGACAUGCUUCUGAGGGUGCCAAAAGGAGUGGUUGCACAAAUGUGAAGGUUGCAGAGAGAAAAGGGAAAUCCAAAACAACAUUUCUGAGUAAAAGAAAGCUAAUAGAAAGUGGUGAUUUAAAAGAUAAAGCACCAUGCAAGACACUGAAACCAGUCAGGGAGGCAUCGAGGUCCUAUCUCGAUCUUAAUAUGCCUCUUGAGGAGGUUGAAGAGGGCAACAAUUACAAUGAUGAUGAAAGUGAAUCAAUAGUUGAAAACUCUGGAGCCUGGUUAAAUGAUUUGUGUGAUCAAGUUGAUGAAAAAGUUGUUUUUAAGCCUUUCAACUUUGAUUCUAUUGCUGAGCAAGUAAUUAAAAGCAUUGACACACAAUUUCAAAAGAUGUUAGGAUCAGAGUUUAUACUUGAAAUUGAGUAUGAGGUCAUGACACAGAUACUUGCAGCUGCUUGGUUAUCAGACAAGAAAAAAUCUUUGGAAGAUUGGGUUGAACAUGUUCUUGGAAGAAGCUUUGGUGAAGCUCAUCAAAAGUACCACUUUGCACCUGAAUUUGUGAUGAAACUGGUUAAUUGUGAAAGAUUUUUUUUGGAAGAACAAUCUCCUGGAGUAUGCCUUCCAGCUAGAAUUAACUUGAACUGAAUUUUUGCUCACUAUGUAUUUUGUAAUUACUUGUAAAAUGUAGCUUGUAGGAUAUAGCAUUUGGUAGCCACUAGCUUUUUUCGGCUAAUCAAUCCCACAAUUUUUUCUUUUGUGGUGAUCCUAUGGUAAAAGAAUGUAUCUUCACCAGUUUUCAUGUUAAUUCUAAUGUCUUUCUGCUUCUGCAUU